AAAACCAACCCGAGGCGCCAAUGACGGAAGUUCUUAUCCACAUCCUCACACUCCCUCCUUUCUUACUUCUUAGCUCCUUGAAAGCAAAGACCAAGCUCUGGACUUGAAGCACCAACAAAAUUCACAGCCAUUUCUGCUAUCAAAUGGCCGCGCCCUUUUCUUCAACCAGUACAGUUGGGUCCAUUUUCAGGCCCAAUCCAAAUCCUCCCAAAUCCUUCCUCUCGCCUUCAGAUUCUUUCCAGAAGGGAUUCGAUUGCGUGAAGUGCCGUUCCACUGAUGUUAAUGUGUACUCAUGGAGCUCGGCUGCGAACUACGCCAGGCUUCGUCAUGGCGCCUCUAAAUUAUCCGGCAAACCCUUUGUUGUGCUACGUAAGAGAGCUGGAGUUUUGAGGUGUGCAACUAUUGAAGAAAUCGAAGCGGAGAAAUCUUCCAUUGAGAAAGAUGCUAAGGCGAGAAUGGAGAAGACAAUCGAGACAGUUCGAACGAAUUUCAAUUCCAUAAGGACAGGGAGGGCGAACCCGGCAAUACUUGACAAAGUUGAGGUGGAAUAUUAUGGAACUCCAGUCAGCUUAAAGAGUAUUGCCCAAAUAAGUACUCCUGAUUCAAGUUCUCUCUUGGUUCAGCCCUAUGACAAAUCCAGCUUAAAGGCUAUCGAGAAAGCUAUAGUCAACUCUGAUCUUGGUAUGACUCCAAACAAUGAUGGUGAAGUCAUUCGCUUGUCUCUUCCUCAACUGACAACUGAAAGAAGAAAGGAAUUGUCAAAAGUUGUGGCCAAACAAGCUGAAGAAGGGAAGGUGGCAGUGAGGAAUAUAAGAAGAGAUGCCCUUAAAGCCUAUGAAAAGCUUGAGAAGGAGAAAAAGCUUUCUGAAGACAAUGUGAAGGACUUAUCGAGUGAUUUGCAGAUCAGUCAAUUUGGUGGGCUGCAGAUUCCUCUUAGUACUCAAGUUUGUGAAAUCUUUUCCUUCAUGCAGAAACUCACGGAUGAGUAUAUGAAGAAGAUUGAUAGCAUCUUCAAGCAGAAAGAGAAGGAGUUGCUGACGGUCUAGGGAUUGUUUGUACGAAGAUGUGAACUGUUGAGCUUCCUUGCCAUCGAGACAAGAAAAUUAGUUGUCUUUGUUCUAUUCACUUUGGUUGGGGGGUGGAAACUUGUGGUGCAUGGCGUCUAUACUUCUACCUAGAAAAGAGCAUUUUGAAAAUUCUCAUGUUAUGAAUAGAUGUCUUGGUUUGUAGUGAAAUGGAAAAACUCAAUAUCCAUGACCUUUGUUUAAAAGUUGUAUGUAUAGUAAGCUUUUGAGGGCUUUGACCAUAAAGACCUUGUUAUUAAGACUGCUAGCCGCCCUGUACGGUCCCCAAGAAACUCGGUCGUUGGAGACUUUAAAGUCAUCUGAUCUGAGAGUUCUUUGGUGUGUACCCGGCCAGGUUGCAGGGCCAAGUUUGACACUUGUGUUACAAUUUCAGAAUGGUGGUGCACAAAAUUUCUCAAUAAGAGUUUGACUUUUAGUAGUGAA